ACAUCUUCAUCUUCUUCAUUUCUCUGCAAUUUUCGAUCCAAAAAAAAUGCCGAAAGUCGAUGCUCUCCGUCGAUUUCUCCUCCCCUGUUGCAAUUCAACACCCACAUCCCCAGCACCACCGGCGCCGCUCACAAUCUCCACCAAAAAACGCCUGAGCACCUCACUGCGUGACGAUCUCGACGACUCAAAACAAGAAAAGAAAUUCGAUGAAGAUCAAGAAGAUUCAUACCCAACAACCCCAAUCAGCACUACAAACAGCACCAGCAGCACCUCCGGCGCCGCAAUUUCACUCUCAGCUCCACCGCGUUCUUCUAAAACAAUGGUAAUCGGAACAAUCUUCGGCCAACGUCGCGGUGGACAUGUAUGGUUCUGCGUACAACACGAUCGUCUCAACACGAAGCCUUCACUUCUUCUAGAACUUUCCAUCCCAACCACAACCCUUAUUCAAGAAAUGCGAUGUGGAUUAGUCCGAAUUGCUCUUGAAUCAUCGGAUUCGGAGCUGAAUCGUUGCCCGCUCCAUUCAAUUCCAAUGUGGACUCUGUUCUGUAAUGGGAGAAAAAUCGGGUUUGCGGUUCGGAGACGGGCGACCCAACAGACCCGAAUUAUGUUGAAGACGAUGCAGUCAAUGACAGUCGGGGCGGGUGUAAUUCCGUCGGGUUUGGUUUCGGGUACCGAAUCCGAAGAGGUGUUGUAUAUGAGAGCUAACUAUGAGUGUAUUAUUGGUGGUGCGGAUUCGGAGUCUUUUCAUUUGAUUAACCCGGAUGAAGGUCCGGGUCAAGAAUUCAGUAUCUUUUUGCUUCGAUCCAAAUAAAAAUGUGAAUCGCAGACGACUGAUUUUGAAAGAUAAACGUGAAUCGAAAAUUAGAAAAUUUUGAGUUUUCUGAUUUUAUAUUUUUGGUCAAAAGGGGUACUAAUAAAGAAGGCUAAUUUUUUAAUUAUUCCUUUUUUAGUUCUUUAUUUUUUCAAGAUUAGCUUAAUCUUUAGUUUAGGCCAUUUUUUUAGAACUUUUUGGUGCAUGAGA